GGGAGUGGGAGUGGGCGCGGAAGAGCACGGGUCGGCGCGGCAGAGCAUCGGCUUGGUUGUCGGAUUUCUCCGGCUUGGCCUCGCCGAAGACGGCGGCCAUCCUCAUCUCAUCAGUCAUCGCCGCCGGCAGGAACGAAGGAGAGAAGGCGCCGUUCACGUCUUUACGUGACUUGCCUUUGAAAGCGGAAAGACGCGGGGACGCCUCUCCCCCUGUCCCUCUGGGGAGACUUCCCUUUCGUCUCUUCCUCGCUUCGGUCCUCUUCCUCGAUUCCGGUGGGAAGGAACGGGACGGGAAUCGAACUGCGAUGGCCUCCGACUCGUUGGAGACGGCGAGGCAGCUGCUGGAGGUGACCUACACGACUGAGGCAGAAGCAACGGCGGAGGCGGAGCAGCUGCCCAGCCUACCCUCGGGGUUCUACGACGCCUUCGUCCUCAGGGGAAUCCGCGUCGUCCAGGCCCUCCAGCCCGGCACACUCCUCUGCCACUUCACCGUCCCUUCCAGACUACUCAAUUCGGGCGGCUUCCUGCACGGCGGUGCAACCGCCUCCCUAGUCGAUUUGGUUGCCUCCGCCGCCUUCGCCACUGCCGGCCUCCGCACCAGGGGCUCGCCCCUGGAGAUGAACAUCUCCUACCUCGAUGCUGCUUUUGCUGAUGAAGAGAUUGAUAUUGAAGCGAAGGUUCUGCGCGCUGGCAAGGCAGUAGGGGUGGCCGUUGUGGAACUGAAGAAGAAAUCUGGCAAAAUCAUCGCUCAAGCCCGCUACUCCAAGUAUCUCGGUGUAGCAUCUAGUAAACUCUGAUCUGACUGAAUCAACAAGGUGGCCUUGCGACAUGGCAGCAUGUUGUAAUCUGCUGGGUUUUAUUUUCCCCCCUACUGGUGCCUAUACUCUCAUGAUGCUAGCCCCCUGAGCAUAUGGUAGUAGGGUGUGGUGUGCUUGGACAAGUGUUACUACUGUCUAUAUGUGACAGAAAACAGCCUCAAUUCUGUUUCUUUGUGCCGUGCAGAUGGUAUUGUUGUAUACUAUAUUACUCACUCGAUGAGACUAUCAGCUAGUUAUUUAUUCUUGUGUCAUUGUGUACUCCUACAGUGGACCAUCUGUUAUCUCUGAUCCA